CAUUUCCACCAUGUUAAAGAUGAAUAGUAACAAGCUGCUAUCCUACUGCUACUUUGUUGUGUUCUGCCUUGCCAUCUUAAUUGGUGUUGUUCAAGGACCUUAUAAAGAUGGAGAUAUCAUUUUGGGUGGACUUUUAAGGGUUCAUUUGAGAGGAGAUUCUGAAAACCAAUGCGGUGAGCUUGACGUUAGGGGUUUAAAUCGCGUGUUCGCCAUGAUAUUUGCCAUUGAGAAGAUAAACAACGAUUCAAAAUUACUUCCAAACAUAUCUCUGGGCUAUGACAUACGAGAUUAUUGCGAGAUUUCCUUAAAAGCUACACGAAUUUCUUACGAUCUUAUUAAAGACAAGCUCCUCACGAACAUGACGCAAGGUAAACUUGGAAGAAAAUCGAUCACGGCUCUAAUCGGUCCAGACGAAUCUAGCACCGCUGUUGUUAUCGCUGGUCUUCUUCAAGCCUUGAAUGUUUCAGCCAUUAGUCCGACUGCGACCAGUCCUGAACUAAGUGCUUAUACUUACCAGUAUUUGUAUCGAGCACCGCCUUCAGACUCUUUUAAAGGGAAAGCCAUGGCUGACCUCAUAGAACAUUUUAAAUGGAGUUAUGUAGCCGCCAUUGGACAGGAUGACACAUAUGGACGAAACGGGCUUUGGUCUGUAGUCAGAGAAGCUGAAGCUAGAAACAACUCAUUUUGCCUUGCUAUGGCGAGAUUUAUAUCCCAUGAAAGUCCCAUUUUGAGCAUUAGAAACAUCGUCACAACACUUCGUCGGCAAGAAAAUAUUAGAGUCGCGAUUCUGUGGAUACACGGUAGCUAUGCAACGCACUUUUUCACUGAGGUCUACAGACAAAACCUGACUGGGCGAGUUUGGAUCCUAAGCGACGUCUUCAUUUCUGACUCAAUCCCAGGUUUUUCUUCCAUCCUUGAUGGAUCCAUAGUCGUCAAGCCUCGUCGAUUUUCCGCUGACAAAGAAUUUGAAGAACGCAAAGAAGUUUUAACUAUCGCAAAGCUUAAUGAAACCUUUCCGGAGUGGUGGAGCGAGAUUAAAACGCUUAUAACAGAUUGCUCGGCAAGUUAUAAGAAUGCAAAUUCAACAGACCAAUGUUUCAGUGAUUUUGUUCAACGCAUGCAGAGUUCUUACACUCCCUACGUCAUUGACGCUGUUUAUUCAAUGGCACAUGCUUUGAACAUCUUAUUUGAAAACAACACAGCGAAAGAUAUCGAUUACAAGCUGAAACUCACCAUGGAUAUUAACGUGAUGAAAAGCCUCCUUUCUAGGGUUAGUUUUGCUGGACUAACGGGAAAUGUAAGUUUUGAUAAAGAUGGCGACAGACAAUCGGUCUUGUACGACAUUGUCAAUUUUCAGCAAGUGGAAGAAGGCCAUACUAAGCGACUAGAACAAAUUCUGGUCGGAAAUUGGAAAGACAAUGAGCACCAUGCCAAACGGCUACAUUUUGUCCAAGAGAUUCACUGGAACUCUCCAACUAACCAACCUCCAAAGUCUGAAUGCUUAGACCAAUGCCCUGCUGGAACUAGAAAAUCAAUCACUUCACCAUGUUGUUGGAACUGUGUCGCAUGUCCUCGUGGCACAGUCAACGCGAUUCCUGGCUUGGAGUCCUGCAUUGAAUGUCCCAGAGGGAAAAAAUCCAAUGAAGCCAGGACCCAUUGCGUCGAUUUACCGGUGGCCAAUCUCAAGUAUUCCAGCGCAGGAGGAAUAGUUAUUCUUGUAUUUACUGUUGCUGGCAUAAUAACCACCCUCUUUUCGUUUGCUAUCACUUGUAGAUUUUGGAAUACUCCAAUUGUUAAGGCAUCCAACAGAAGAUUUAGCGUCGUCCUCCAGAUAAGUGCUCUGUUGCUGUUGACUCUAGUGAUUAUCAAUCUUUUCGAACCUUCAGAUACAACUUGCAAGGUCAUUUAUCCAUGGCGUUACUUAACUUACAACUUGGGCCUAUCAUUCCUACUAGUGAAAAUUUUACGCAUUUCCAGUGCUUUCCAAAUUCCUUUAGCGCGUUCACCUGUGGCAAUCACUCUUACCAAUAGACUGCAAGUAGUGAUCAUAAUAAUCAUGCAUAUUGUGUUGUUACUUGUGUUACUACCAUGGCAGCUUCUGGAUCCACCUAUCAAAAAGAAACACAUUCUAACGGGACAGUACAUUUUUAUUGAGUGUAAGGCAUACAGCAUGGUAGUCGGAAAAAGCCUUUUUCUGGUAACGUGCUCUUACAUUCUUAUUCAAAUACUUUUUGCUGCAUUUUGUUCUUUUAAAAUAAGGAACGUUCCAGAAAACUUUAGUGAGGCUAAACGAAUAGCAUUUUCGAUGUACAUAUUUUCGUUUUCAGUUUUAGCUUAUUACCCCAUAGAGUUCUCACUGAGUGGAUGGUAUGUGACUGUUGUAGACUGUGUUACGACAUUGUUGAGUGCUUAUGGCUUUAUUUGUUGUAUACUAAUACCAAAGAUGUAUAUCAUUUGGUUUAGGCCGGAACUGAACAAUUUACAUCAAAUCCGUAAUGAAGUAACUGAAUUCUCGUUUAGAACCAAUUCCGCUUUGCGCAUUAACCCUGUAUCUGGCUCCUAAGUAAUGUAUCAAACAGGUAAGACCGUGUUUGACCACAUUUCCAAACACCGAGAAGAGACUUGAAAACGCGACGCACAGCGGAG